GACAGGCGGUCGCUGCGUGAAGCAGAGAGUCAAUCCUAUCAUGGUUGAAGGAAAGCGUGUCAGGGUCACUGAAGGUUUACACCGUGUCAGGAAACUUGACGUCGUCAUACCAUCUUCGACGGACUUGGAGGACAAACUGAAGAACCUAACAACUAGUUAUCAUUCUCAGAAGACUGCCUUGGUGGACUUCGUUGAGUUUGCGAGCUCAUUCAUACGGAAGUAUUCAGUAUCAAGUUCUCUAUUGGCAUUGGGAAAGCCUGCUCAUGAUAGCGAUGAUGUAUGGUGUAUCGACACUAGAGGCCUUUUGACUCUAGCUGUAGGCAAAGAAACGUAUGAACAACUGGGGUUGGUCGGAAAACAUCUUCCUUGGAAACCUUGGGAAGAUACACAUGUUAUCCGCAUCUUUCUAUCGGGCGACGUCCCAAAAACGCAUGAAGUAAAGAUCCAUAGUUGGUCGCCUUAUGGGAGUAAACAAAAGGCUGCUUUGAAGGUUUGGGAUCAGCGUAGGGGACCGUGGGAUGCCAUUUACACCUCCACCCAGCCUGAGUUUGCACCGCCGGACGUCGAAGGUCCCAAGAAGCACACGGCAAUACCCUCGAUACGGCACCUUACAGAUGUGAAGAUUCCCAGUUUCGACUUGCAAAGCCUUCACCAGAGGCAAAAUCAUGGGGUUGACCUAGAUGACCGGCAGGACAAAAUUACAGCUUACUUCGAGUGGGUCGGAAUGGCUUGUCUUGGGUCAGAAAGAUUACGAAGUGGGGACAAUGUAGACCCGUACCUUGCUGUCUAUGACCCUCCACUCUCCUUGCAAGUCGGCAAUCUCACGCACUUACGCUGGUCAGGUCUACUUCCUCCUGAGUUUGUACAGAAGAUACUCGACGUCAUUGUGCAUUCACCGUUCGCUGCUUUUGCAGCACAUAGCGUCCCGACCUCGCCCGUAGCUUAUAUUUCCCCGCCUCCUCAGUCCCAAUCGUCCGUUCGAGCUCCAAGAGCCGAAUCAGAGGAUACCUGGAGCAUUCUGCUUAGGUCUGACGGCGCUGAUGGAACAAAUGGGGUUCGAUGGAUAUUGGCUGAGACUAUAGGACAAUGGGAUGCUCGGUGGGGAUAGGUGGUCGACCCACUAAUCCAAUAUCUAAUUGAAUUUGCAACCUUCGUGCCUUCAGCAGCGCUUAGGAUUUCCUUGCCUUUGCUCGAAGAGCUACGCUUUUGGCGUAUUGAGUUCGGGGUUCGGGGGUGUUGGUAAUAUCUUUAGGGUCGUUCGUUACUGUACCAUCUCCUUGAAGGGCUUCAAUCCGAUGGCUUCGGCAUCAGCUUUACUGGAAUUAACGUCCUGUACUAACGAAUAGCGCCACCGAUCGUGCCUCAUCUCCGAAUCCAUUCGCUGGAAGGAGGUACCAUCAUGAUCAUUCACUUCCUGGCGUCGUCACGCUACUCAAAUCAUGACAGCUACAGUGACGCCUAAUUUUCUUCUACAGCUUUAUUAAACUGAAUUCUGACAUCGGACGUCUAUGACUGUAACCCGCUAAAAGGGAGCUCAGCAAAGGUAUACAAUGUUCGAGACAAUAAUCGAAACAAGCGGCCCGAGCUGGACAGAGGUACUCUCGAUGCCAAGGAUGCAACGGCGAGGUCAAUUAAACUGCCGAUAAAUCU